CAAGCCUACCAACACAAACACAUACACAAGAAAAACUAUCUUUUUUUUCUCUCUAUUUGUAAACAUGCCAAGGGACACCAAUCCUCUUGUUGUUGGGAGAGUUGUGGGGGAUGUGUUGGACCCUUUCGUUAGGUCUAUCGACCUUCGAGUUAUUUAUAACGCGAGGGAAGUCGCAAACGGUUGCGAGUUUAGACCCUCUCAAGUUGUCAACCAGCCUAGGGUUGACAUUGGUGGUGAAGAUCUUAGGACUUUCUUCACUCUUGUUAUGGUGGAUCCUGAUGCUCCUAGCCCAAGCAACCCGACCCUGAGGGAGUACUUGCAUUGGUUGGUCACUGAUAUCCCAGCCACUACAGGAGUGAGUUUUGGACAAGAGGUCGUUUGCUAUGAGAGUCCACGCCCGACUAUGGGAAUCCACCGUUUCGCAUUUAUACUUUUCCAGCAGUUAGGAAGGCAGACGGUUUACGCUCCUGGAUGGCGUCAAAACUUCAACACUCGAGAUUUUGCUGAGCUCUACAAUCUGGGCCUCCCUGUAGCUGCAGUCUACUACAACUGCCAGAGGGAAACUGGCUCUGGCGGCCGAAGGCGAUGACCAAUUAAACGAUAUGUUCGUCGAUGACCUAAGAUGAUCUAAGGGAUCAUAUAAUAUAAUAUAAUAUAUAUAUAGAUAACCUAAUUGUCGUGAAAAUAAAUUAGAGCAUGCUGAUAUUAUGGCUUAUGUUGGUGCUCGAGAUAGUUAUACUUGAAAAUAAUGUUGUGUCUCUAUCAGGUUUUAUGAGAACGGUUUUAUUAUUAUUAUAUUUAAUGUCAACAAUAUUCAUGUUA